UGAACUCGGAAACAUGUGAUUGGAAGGCAAACCUCUUACUACACAGCUACGCUUACAACUAUUUCAAAAAGAAAAAAAUAUUCAUUGGCAGCAUCAGCAUCUGUGAUCAAAACAAUGGACAAUUUACUUUAAUAUUUUUUAUGUUCGUUUUGUUCAUGUUCAUCUAAUUGAUUGGACUUUCUGUGCUUUAGUAAAACACUCCCUUUUAUUUAUCAAUAGUUUAUAUCAGCAGGUUAUACACAUCUAACGACGCGAUAAUCGUACAAACUAAAUAAUAAUAAUUUGAUGUAACAGCUGGGUUACUUCGCUCGCCUGACCCCGUUCUCUGACCUCUUCUCCUUAGCGCUGCAGUGCUGUGGUCUGGAUUCACUUCUUACCACAUGCUCAGGUGUACGUCCAACCACAUUCUCAAAUGCACCACCACCUACUCCCGUCAUCACCACCACCGCACUGUACGCCCUGACAUCAAUGUCCUUGCAAACAGUCUCAAGGAUAUCGUCUGCUACAGGCUUUUGUCAACGCCAUUUAACUUGGUAUCGUUCGCCACUCAACGCACACUACAUACUCAACAAUCUCCAUUGACUUAUGCUACGAACAUGGCUCCGAAGAAAGUUUGUAUCAUAGGAUCAGGAAAUUGGGGUACAGCCAUUGCUAAAAUUACAGGCAAAAAUGUGAUUGAGCGCACAAAUUUAUUUGAACGUACUAUAAACAUGUACAUGUAUGAAGAACUAUAUGAGGGCCAGAAACUCUCCGAAAUUUUCAAUACUACACAUAUAAACAUUAAAUACCUUCCUGGAAUCAAAAUACCUGAGAAUGUGGUUGCUAUCCCUGAUGUUAUCAAAGCCACUGAAAAUGCUGAUAUUUUAAUAUUUGUUUUACCACACCAAUUUGUUCAAGGAAUAUGCAGUACCAUUAAAGGAACUGUAAAACCUGGAGCAGUAGCUAUAUCUUUAAUCAAAGGUUUUGAUAUGUUUGAAGGAAGCAUUAGACUUUUGUCUGAUGUAAUAGCGAGCAAUCUUGGAAUAGAAUGUGCUGUGUUAAUGGGUGCCAACCUUGCACAUGAAGUGGCAAAUGAAUUAUUUUGUGAAUCAACAAUUGGUUGCAAAAAAAAAGAAGUAGGGCUUUUAAUGAAAAAUUUAUUUGAUACAACUUAUUUCCGAUGCUCAGUUGUUGAAGAUGCUGCAACAGUUGAAGCUUGUGGGGCAUUAAAGAAUGUAGUUGCUGUUGGUGCAGGCAUUGGUGAUGGCCAUAAAAUGGGGGAUAAUACCAAGGCCGCAAUUGUCAGACUCGGCAUGUUGGAAAUAAUAGAAUUCAUCAAUUUCUUUUUUAAAGAGUCAAAUUUGAGAACAUAUUUUGAAAGUUGUGGCCUCGCUGAUCUAGUAACUACCUGUCAAGGAGGACGAAAUAGGAAAUUAGGAGAAGCUCUUGUGUACUCUAAUAAGACCCUUCUUGAACUGGAGGAAGAGAUUUUAAAAGGCCAGAGUUUUCAAGGACCAUUAGUAGCCAAAGCAGUUUUUGAAAUUUUGAAAUCCAAAAAGAUGGUAGAAAAGUUCCCAAUAUUUGUGGCUGUCCAUUUGACUUGUCAACGCAAAAUGAAAACCACUGACUUUAUUAACUCACUGGUGAACCAUCCAGAACACAAAACUCGUUGAGAUUUUAUUUAUAUAUUUUAGUUUAGCUUAUUUGCUUUUAUCUAAAUUGAUAGGUUAAUGCUUUUAUUUUUGCUGCUUUCAGUGUUUUAAAAAUUAUUUUGAAUUAUUGCUUGCUUUUUUUUCUCGAGUUUACUCAGAAUUGGAUGAAGAUACAUUUUACUUUCAAGGAAAAAUUGAAUUUAUACUAAAUUCACCAGUAUUAUUAACUUUAAUUUAUUCAAGAAAGGAAUAGCUAUUUAUUUUAAAACAUAGAUUCUUUUUCUCUUUUAUGUAGAUCUUCACAAUAUCAUAGCUAUAUUUAUUGCAUGAGCUCUUACUACAAGCAUAAUAUAAAUAAUGCUUCCUGCCGAUAUUGCUGGAAUAUAGGAGUCAACAGAGACUUAAUGAUUUCAUUGGUGAAAUGAUGUGGUUCUAUAACUGAAGGACUGAUUAAUAUAUCAGUCUACUAAUACUGAUCUUUUCCAUUUAUGUAUGAUAUAUAUAUGUAUAGUUCUGACAUAAUUGGUAAAAUUUAUCUCAGGGUAUUAAGUCUUUUUGUUAACAUUUUCAAAUAAGAUGUUUUCUCAAUUGCUCAUAAAAGAUGAAUCUGAAUUAAAGACAUAUACUUAUAAACGUCUAAAUUUUUCACUAUAUAUUUACUUCAACUUUGUGUAAAUUUAAAACAAAAAUAUUCCUUAUGGGUAUUUGUGAAAAGUGUGACCAAUAAGAAUGUUAUCAGAGCCUUAAUUUUUCUCGGUAAACAUUCUGCCAAAGUCAAGCAUAGCUCAUUGACUGAAAGUGGAGAAAUGACAUCAGCUGACUAAAUUUAAAAACUAUAUGAUCAUUUACUUAAUUAGCAUAACUAGUCUAAAGAGAGAGUUUGUAAUGCUGUGGUAUUAACACGACAUAAAUAUGCAUGAACAUUUUGUUUGAUUAAAUAAUGUUAAACUCUUUGAAUUUUGGGCAUGAUUCAAUGAGUCAAAUUUUUAUAUAUUCUGCUCUUCCUGCAUGUAAAUAUCUGUAUUUUUAUUUAUAUUUAUAUAAACCUAUUUUAGAAGAGGGAAAUGAUAUUUAUGUGAGCCUGUGUGUGUAAGUGACAGAAAAAAGACAGGCAGCAUGUAAGUAUAUAAGUAUAUAGAUGGAGUUCAUAUAUACAUGCUGGAUUCAGAAAACAAUAUAUUUUCAUUAUUAUAUAAUUCAUCUAUUUUUAUUUAAUUUCAUUUGUUUUUAAGAUUAAAAAAAAGCUAUUACUAAUUUGAUGACAGCUAUUUUGUUCUGUUCAUGAUAUAAGUCUAAAGAAGGAAAUGGAAAUAUAACGUUUUCAAAGUUAUGUAUUGAUGUUUCAUUUCUGAAAUACAAAGAAAUAUAUUACUAUACACGUUCAAUAUAACAAUGGAUUGCUGGUCUUGUGCCAAAAUUUGAAACCAAUAUGACAAUGCAGUUUUUCUCCCCUAAAGAAUUUUAAUUUAUACAGAUUUCAUUGUUUAAAACAUUUUUUGGAGUGAUUAAACAUGUGAUAGAAUUUCUCUUAACUCUUUACAUCUUAGAGGCACCAUUUCAGUUUUUAGCUUCAAAAAGAGAUAAAUUAAAACCUUAAUUCUCUGAGACAAAAAAAACAUGUUUUGAACAGUAAAGAACCUUAUUGAGUUCCACUCAAUAGAGUAAUGUGGAUACUGAGUCCAACUUAAUUUUCAUAAAAUAUCUGAUAUGGGUUUAAGUGACAGUACAUUGAUGUUUAUUAAUAUUACAAUAAAUGAAGGCAGCAAGCUGGCAGAAUCAUUAGCACACUAGUCAAAAUGCUUAGCGGCAUUUCAUCCAUCUUUAUGUUCUGAGUUCAAUUUCUGCCAAAGUCAACUGUGCCUUUCAUCCUUUUAGGGUUAAUAAAAUAGAGAACUGGGGUUGAUAUAAUCGAUUUACUCCUUCCCCCUGAAAUUGCUGGCCUUGUACUAAACUUUGAAACCAAUAUUACAAUAAAUAAGAAAUAGAUAGAAGUUGUAUAGGUGGCCCAAAUCCUACACUUCUGUAAAAGUGUGAGUUGUAAUGAUGAUUAUUGUAAUGUGGGGAUUGUAGUAUUGGUUGUCCCUGAUCAGCCCUGAUCUAGCAGACAUAUGACUAGCAUUCCAACCAUGACCAUUCCAUCUAUUUAGAAGUAUGUAGGAUUACACUAUUUAAUGUACCCUGUUCUUAUAUUCAGUGGUAGAAUUGGAAGGAGAGUUAGCUGCCAUUUCUAACAGAUAGAGCAAUCAUGUAAGGGCACUCUUGCUGGCUUAAUAUAACAUUUUAGGAGUGUAUUAGUAGGAAUUUUAAAAUUUGGACAAAAUAUAUACAUGUUACAUUUAGUUACAGUCCUUUUCACUGUGAGUUCAAAUCUUGCUGAGGUUAACUUGGCCUUUCAACCUUCCAGGGUCAAUAAAAUAAAGAAGCGAUCAAGUACUGGUAUUGAUACUACAUUCCUUUAAUGCAUCUUAGAUGUAGAUGGAAUUAUAAAUAGCAGACAAGACAAGUUGGUUACUGGUUCAAAAGUGUUGUAUAAAUACAACAGCAGGUUGUAUAAAUACAACUGUAUGGUAGAUGUAAACAUGGUUAAAUGAUAGUAUUGUGGUGUCCCUUGCUUAAUCUAUUUGGUUCAUAAGUGUUUCACUGAAGAUUGCUUCGAUGUAGUUAUUUUAUGGAGAAUUAACUUGAUGGAGCUCUGACAUUUGUCUCCAAGCCUUGUCCACAGGAAGAAUUAGCCAGCAUCUGUGAAUUAUACUUGUCAGUUUUAUACUUCUGUCAAUACUUCUUUUCUUUUCUUUUUUUAGUUAUUUAAUUUUGCUAGCAUUUAGUCAGAGUGAGAACGGCAGUGCUUGUGCCCUUUAUCUUUAUAGGGUUUGUAAGACUGAUGAGAGGAAACUAUCAACAAACUGAAGGCUUAGCCUCAAUGUUUGCAAAUAGGGUGAGGUUCUCUAAGAGCACCCAAGGACUAGGUGGGAUUUGAAUAAUAAUUAAAAGAUUGUGAGUGUUGGAACAGAAUAUGCUCUUUAUGCUGCUUGUUAUAACUAACUAAACUUGAACUUAAUUUUAUAAAAUGGUGUACAAGCCUAUUAGUUGCAUAGUUAAUAUAAAGAUGUCCUAAAUAUAUGCCUCUAGUUCUUUGAAAUGCUUGUACUGACUGGAGACUAUAGUCAACUCUAGCUUAAUCUUCAUAGAAUAUUAACACUAGUUUUUUUCUAAUAUUCUGUUAAAAAGAGAAUUGAAGAAACAUAAUUGUAGGUGUAGUAUUAGUGUAGAUGAUUUAUUAUAUGAUUUUGUUAAAGUUUUUUUCUAAAUAUAAGAAUGGAAAAAUUUGUGUAAUUUUAGACAAACUUUUUUGGAAAAAAAAUGAUUAUAGCUUUAUCUUGUAUUACAUGCAAUUAAGUAAUUGCCACCAGAUUGUUGGUGUUGUCAAAGGAUAUUAUAUAAUUCCUAAAUUUGAAAGAAAACAUGAGAUGUUUAUGUUGGUGAUGUUGCUGCUGAAUGUGAGGGUGAUGAAGAUUAAAAUCA